AUGGUCAACCCGACAAUCUGCAUUGUGUCUUUCGUGUCCGGUCCUGGGAAUUGCAACCCAUUGAUCCUCUCCGAGAAGGGUGCCUGGACCAAACUCCUCGCGAGGCCUCUCGCUACCACGCUGAUCCUUCCGUCCUCUACUUCACCUCAAGCUGACCCCCAACACCACGAUACACGAGUCAGGCGGAAGCUGCAUCCGGCGACGUGGGUGUUGAUAGUCCGAGAUUCCGGUGGGUCAUGGGGGAACCCGAGACAGAACGGUACCCAUCUCACCAUCACUCGAUGCGUGGAAGUCCAGGAGGCUACAGAAGGUUCGGAGGUAGAAGGGCAGGAAUUGGACGACCAGGAUCCGGAGGCAUUGAUUCGUACCGAUCUCGGCCCUAGAUUACAGAUCGACUAUGAUAUAGUGCUUUCCCCCACAUAUCAGGUCCCAGUUUUGUAUUUUACACUCAGGUGGCAUCACCAUCAGGGCACGCUGGGGCUGGAGACCGUCUAUCAGUAUGUCGUCCCGGAGCAGUACAGGAAGGAAUUGAAAACGGUGGGGGUCCUGGGUGGGAUCAGCUGUGGGUACCAUCCACAGUCUGGCGCUCCGGCCUUUUUCGUCCACCCGUGCAACACGGCGGAUGCCAUGGCGCAGAUUGCAGACGCACGGAGCGUGACCCCGGGAACAUAUCUCAUCAUCUGGCUCGGCCUCGUCGGGCAUUGCGUGAACCUGCACGUCCCACGUGAGCUCGUCGCCUCGGACGGUCCCAGCCCAUCCUGA